AUGGAUACAGAAUUAGAAAACGACGAUGCCCAAGUUACAAGUCAGCAGCAACCAUUGUUUUCUAGGGCUCCCUCUUAUGCUUCAGCCAACACAACGAACACUCACGACUUCUCCACAACGGUUCGAAUAAGAGAAACAACCAAUACAGAGCAACCUCAAGAAAUCAAUUCACUCUACUUUGCAACAUACCGACCUAUUCAAAAUUCUUGUACGAUAUCUAGACGACAAAACCAUCCCCUACAGCUUCGCAUGCGUUUACAUACGUUACUUACAUCCGCUGAAGGAGAAGGUCCCAAGGAGUUUAACGAUAUGGUCUCGAGGAACAACAAAAGCGAGCUUUGUUGGUUUGUGUCAAUGUUAACGUCAGAAUCCGAUUACUUUUUCCAGAUUGUCAAUGAUAGAAAAGGAUCAAGACGCGUUAGGAGGCUCUUAGGAAAAUUUCAAGAGACGGACGAAAUAUUAUUGAACGCUAUCGUGCAUAGGUUCAUCGAUGUCAUGACAGGGAAAUACAGUUAUCUCGUUGCGAUAACAGCUUCCAAGGUCUUGGAGAGCUUCGUAUUGGUUAGUCUCACGCUCCGUGACGCGCUUUACUUAGCGAGUGACAAAAUCGGGUGCAUCGCACUUAACCAAAUGAUAACCAAAUCAAAAGAUGUCUUCAGACAAGAGUUCCUUUACGAAAUAGCGGAAAACUCUGAUUGGCUAAGCAUGGACGAUUCAGGGACCUUUGUGGUACAGCACGUGCUUAGCUUGAAUGACUUGAGAUGUACGAACCGUGUAGCGCUUCGGCUCUGUGGUUACUACGUUGAGCUUUCGUCUCAGAGGCGUGGUAGCUACAUCGUGGAGCAGAUUCUCAAGUCUAGAUCGAUGGUAGCUUUGGAUUUGGUCGUGGGUGAGCUAAUGGAGUGUGGUGGAUUCACGUUGUUUAGGCUGGCUCGGCAUGAGUUUGGGAACUAUGUUGUGCAAAAGGCGUUGAGAGUCACGCAGAGCGAAGGCAGGCUUGAUUUGUUUUUGGGCCUCGUUAAGAAGUUGAAGUUGUUUCCUUUUCUUGAUCUCUUGCGUUGGUCUCAUCACGGGAGGAACAUUGCGGCGAUCAUCGAUUCAACAAUUAUAUGA